AAAAGAAAGAAUUUAAAAAAAUAUUUUAAAAACUAAAAUUUAAAGGAGGAAGCAUAUUACAAUGCAUACAGAGUCACUGGUGCAGCAGAAACAUCACAAUAACAGAAGAGUAAAGAAAUCCAAGUUAAUUAAAGGGAAAGUAUGAUUUGGGAAAUCUUACAGUGAAAUGAAAGGAUUUUUUGAGAAAAAGGGAGAAAUGCUAUACAUGCCAGACUGUAAGACUUCCACCACUAUUUAUCUAAAGAACUUGAUUAGUUCUCGGUUAUUUGGAAAUCUCAAUGGGAUGAAGGCAAGAACUAGAAAUUUAAUCUUGCAGUGAGAUAAAUUUCUUUUAUAUCAGAGUUUGGCAAAGAGAAUCACUAAUGAGUCUUUCAAAGUAUUUGUGCCCCAUAUUAUAAUUAUAUUGCAUUUAAACUCAAUUUUGUAAUUGUAAAUUGAGUGAAAAUGACAGAUUACAAAAACAGAAGGCUAAUACCAACCUAUGUAGCAAUUUUGACUGUGUUGUAAGAAUGAGAAAAAUUCCUGUGGUGUCAGAGAGCCAGGAUUUUACCCUGUGGCUUUUAUUAGUGAUACAUCCAUAAUAUUUACGUAAACGUAUCUAUUGCAAUUUAGGGUUAUUCUGUGCUCUAGUAUAUAUACUGCAUUUCAGCAGGGAGAUAAAGCAUGAAAAAGGCACAUUUGUAUCCUGGUGAAUGGCUGACUGGUUAUAAUUCCUAACUCCUUCUAACCUUGGAAGAGUAACACACGAGAAUGCCUUGCACAGUUGUAUGUGCCUCAGAGCCCUGAAAAUGACAGACUGGAGGGAAUCCCAAGAAGAGCAACAAAGAUGAUAAAGGGAUUAGAGGAUAUGCAGAGAGAGUGGUUUAUGGGUUUAACAUAAUCAGCUGAGAGGAAAAUGGCAAAUAGGAGAGGGAGUCAUCUGUAAGGCUCAAGAAAAAAUACUGAAGUUUGACAUAAUGAAGAGUAAAGUCUGGCAACUGAAAAAGAUAGAAGAUUAAAAUUAGGCAUUUUAAAGAAUAUUCUGGUGUUCCGUUGAAAAAUGGUUAACUCUAACCAAGUGAGAUCUUAAUUGAUUGUUGUGUGCAAACAGCACUUCUGAUAGCGUGUCCAAAAUAUAUGUUGCCAAAUGCAGACAAACCAGACUGAGAAAUAAAAAAUGUCAGAGGGUUUAAAUCAAUUCCAAAUUUAUCCAUCGUUUUGAAAGAUGUAAAUCCAAAUUAGGAUUAGUGAUGCAGAUUACUUAACACAAAACACGUAUAAAUCCUGUACAUGGUGGGUACGUAGAUUGAAAGUGUUUCAAACUGAAUUUAAGAGAUAACAUGAAGUGCUUGUGCUAAAAACCCCAGCUAUUCUGGUCAGAAAAGGAGAAAGGCCAUGAUUAUUAAAUCUUUGUGUCAAUAUGUCCUGCAAAGAGAAACAUGAACUGCAAUGGAUCAAACCUUUCCAAAAGGGAAAACUAACUAUGCAUAUAGUGUUAAAACAAGUUGUCAUACUUAUUACAGCCAAAUUAAAUACCUUUUAUGAUAAUUUGUAUCUACAGAAUAUAUUUGGAAAAGGUUAUUCAGACUUGCAACCAAAUAUUUUCUAUAAUACAUUUUGAUUGUGUCAUUAUCACUUAAUAGCAAUAUAUUUUACAGGUACUUUAUGAUAGCCAGCAAACCAUAAAAUACUCCUUCUUGAGUAAUUGCAACAAUUUCACUUUUCCCAGGAUUUUCAAUGUAUUUUAAAUAUUUCAAAGAUGUUCCAGUUGAAUAAUCUUCUAAAUUAGUUCACUACUCAUUUUUGUAUGAAGGUUAGUCCAACCACAGGUGGCUGGUAGAAGCAUUGUUACAAAGUGUACUCAUAUAUGCAAAACUUCUGAGAUAGGGCAGGAUAUAUCAGUCCCUUGCAAUUGGUUAUUGCCUCUGGCCUGUUAGUGAUGGAAUCCUUGUGAUCUACUGCAUCCUUGUUUCCAGUUGGAGUUACCCUUCCAAACAAAAUUAUGUCUUUCUUUGAAUAAAUAGUGGCUUUAAAUUGCAAGGAUUUUAGACCAUUUUGUCUUGUAAAAUAAUUUACUAGCUGUUUUGUGUCAGAGCUCUGACUUAAAUGGAGAGGACAUUGUGUUCAGUACAGUUUAGUACUAUAUACCAGCCUAAUGCAUGCCCUCUAGUAUUUUACUGAAAUGACAGACAUGAUUACAGAGGACAGGUUGUAGGCUUGUGAUUUCUCUCAUCAGAUUGUGGUUUUUACAUUUUUUUUACAACAGAAAUCUGUUCAGGAAACUUUAUAAGUAAUGACUUAUGCUAGUUUAUUUUAGAAGAUUGAAGAGGACAAAGCCUGAUGAGAAAAGAAGGAAUUCCAAGUAUUUUGUUGUUGUUGUUGUUGUUGUUGUUAUGGCUUUCACCUGGCAAGGUCAUGACUUAAUAGUUGUUAUUUUGCAUGUUUAAUGUCACAUUUUUAAAACAUUCUGAUUUACAGGGAUAAAAAUUUGGAUUGUGCUGCUCACAGUGCAUGAUCUUUGAAAGCUCUCUAUGUACUUUCUCAAGUCUAUUAAUAUCAGGAAACUAAAAGGCAUGAGCUUCACGUCCAAUGCUAAUACACCAAAUAGAUUUACAGCAACAUUAUGACUAGAAUUUUGCUCUUUUUUUUUUCAUCUUUCUUAUAAAUAUUUUCCUGAAGCUAGUAGAGCUGCCUCAGCAUCCUUUUUCAGUCUGAUCUAGAAGCUAAGGUUGCGCAUGUUAUGAGGUAACCUGGUCUUGACCUGCAAUUUUUUUCAGAUUCAUCAUCUUCUGACCACAUUGGUGGAAUGUGGAGGGGGUCUGACACUGCACAGAAGAUGAUCAGGUCUUACAGGAAAUGGCUGCAAGUUUUCAGCUCUUUGAAACUGCUUCAUGGUCUCAAGUUGAAACUGAUCAGACAAGAGUGAUUUUGACCAGCUUCCAGAUGAUGUACCUGUUUCAGCUAAUAUCGCAGACAUUGAAGAGAAGAAAGGCUUUACUAAUUACUAUAUGUUUGUCAUUGAAGUAAAGCUUAAAGGUGGUGGCAGAUACCUGAUUUUCCGGCGCUAUCGUGAGUUCUAUGCCCUGCACACCAAACUAGAGGAGAGAUAUGGGCCAGAGAGCAGUAACAGCCCAUUUACCUGCACACUCCCUGUACUGCCAGGAAAAGUUUUUGUUGGUGCCAAAAAGGAAAUUGCUGAGAACAGGAUUCCUAUCCUAAAUGUCUAUAUGAAGAACCUGCUCUGCCUCCCUGCUUGGGUGUUGAUGGAUGAGGACGUUCGGCUGUUCUUCUACCACUCACCCUUUGAUGGUGAGCAGGUGCCUCACAGACUGAGACGGCUUCGCCCACGGACACGCCGAGUUAAGAGUGUUUCAGAUCAAGUGCCUGUUUUUGACCGCACCGCAGCUCCGCGGGCUGAGGCACUGUUUGAUUUUCCUGGAACCAAUAAACUGGAACUCAGAUUCAAGAAAGGAGAUUUGAUCUAUCUACUCAGCAAAGUAAACAAAGACUGGUUGGAGGGAACUGCUGAUGGUGCCACUGGGAUUUUCCCAUGUGCUUUUGUGAAGAUCAUAAAAGAUUUACCACAGCAGGAAGACACAGUUAAUAAAGUUCGCUGUUAUUACUAUGAUGAGACUGUGAGCACCAUCAGGGAUAUCUCAGUGGAAGAGGAUCUGAGCAGCAUUCCAUCAUUCAAAGAUUUAAUGGAAUUGAUGAGGCAGGAGUUUAACCAAGAAGACAUUGUUUUGAAUUACCGGGACCCUGAAGGUGACCUGAUCCGCUUGCUCUCUGAUCAGGACGUUGAACUCAUGGUGUCUCAGAGCAGAAGUUAUUCCUCUGAGAAGCACUUCUUCCCUUGGAAGUUGCACAUCACUCACAAAGAUGACUUGGGUGUCUACAACACUAGUCCAGGAGCAGGUGCUACUCAAACAGUAGGGGCUAUGUAAGUGCUAUAUAGAUAUCCCUCUCUGCAGGCAGUCUCCUUCAAAAUGUCUUUGAAGUGUCCUUGAAAUGAGUAAUUUUUAGUGAUAUAUUACCUUUCAGUGUAAAAUCUGUACUUGGUUAACUUCUUCAGCUUUUUAGCACACAUCUGCAAUACAGACAAUCUACAUAGAGACCAGAGAAAGUGAGUAAUAGAGAAAUAAAAUCAUGGGCCAUGUUUACAAAGCAAGUCAGUGUCAGCCUGCAAGAGAGGUCUCCUGAGCCCUUAGCCCUGCUCUAGUUUCUGUUCUCACUCUCAAGACUAGUUUUCUGUCCAGAAUGUCUUCAUAAGCUUUUGUUUUUUCUCUAGACUCCCAUAAAUUUCUCUUCAUUUGCUGAUCUGAAGGUUUGUGGGCCAUUGUGUAAUUAUAUCUCUCAUGUUGGAGUCUGACUGGGUUUUCAGAGUUUGUCCUAGGAGGAUCAAUAAAACUUUUUUGGAUUUCAGUGAAGAAGUUCCAGCCCAUCUUAACUUUCUUCUUUUCCACUGAUCAGUAUAUUGAAUUCUGUGAAUCAAACCUAGUACACCUGUGGUUUUCCUUUUAGACCUUUAUAUAACUGUACAAUAUACUUAUUUUCAUGUUUAGGAAAAUGUGUAGGAUAUCCUACUGAAACAGCAAUUUCUUCUCUAUCUUCUGCUUUCUGACACUGCAUUCAAAGUAUAACUAACAAGAAAUUACUGUAUCAGAUUCUUCAACAAAUAAAGUUAAAUGUUAGUUUGUC